ACUCGAACGGUUUGGUAGCGUGCGUGACUGUUCUUCGCGGUUAUUCGACUCGUGGAAAGUGUCUGCAGUUGUUGAUUUUGAGAAAAGGUCUGUCAUAAAUUUUUUUUAGUGUUUUGUGAUUAGUGAACUUGAGGGGUUUUUUCAUCUAAAGUGAGAUUUUUUCAGCCAUAAUCCGAGCUAGUUUAGAGUGAAAAAUCAUUAUUCAAGGCAAGUUACCAGGAAGACUACUUCGAUUGAUUAAAAUUUAUAGUUUCUACCGGAGUAACUUCUGUGACAUAAAUUAAAGUGUGCUGUGUGUAGGUGGAAAGAACCAUCAUCGUACAAGUAAUAUGUCCCGUUUGAAUAAUAGCUGAACAGGAUCCUGUUUGUGACAAGUAAGCAAAAUAACACCCGAGCCUUUAUUCGGGAUAGCUGGCUUCCAUGUUCUUUUUCCGUCCAUCGUUGCGCACACCAUCCCAAUCAAAUUAUCCAACGAGAGGCAGGAAAAAAAAUCUGAAGGAAUGAACCUGUGAGCGUAUAGAUCAAAGCAAAGGGUGGACGUUUGUUUACAACAUAAAACAUUGACAUUUCCUUGCGUCGUUGGUUGCGUUUCGGAUUAGAAUCCAAUUGGAAGAAACGAUCGAGCAGCGUAAUAAUCAACGAACCGAGCAGGGACUACCGUAUCGUCGUCGUACAGCGAGACGAGUGAUACACCGCCGAAACCGAGACACGACACCGGUGCCAGUACCAGUGUGUUAUAACUGUACGUGUGUGUGUGAGUAGAAGAUACCUACCGAACGCAGUGGGCCGUGUACUGUUUUGCGAUCUAUUGUUGUGACACGGAGACCUCUCACCGGCAUGGUGGCGGUGGGUCACGUGAAAGUUCAUCUGUGCAUCUGAAGUGGCAGAUUUGAUACGAGUAAGGAGCGAAAAAGGAAUUUCCAUUAAUCCUAUAUGGCGGUCGGUGCUGCUGCUGCUGCUGCUGGGUGGCGGUGGUGGUGGAGCUGUUGCCAGUAAAGAUUGUGACGGCUAGCAAGUGCAUAAGUUCGAUAAUCAAAGGAAAAGGGGGUGUGCGUACCGAGAGAGAGAGAGAGAGAAAAGAAUAAUUAUCAUACAAAGAAAGCCGUAGUGUCAAGUCUGAUACAGACGAGGAGACGUGUCACGAUGAGAUGAAAGGAGCACAACAACAAUGUCAGUGUCAAUGAAAAGCCCAUCGUGUCAGAUUCUGAUAUUGCUUUGAUCAGACGAGGAUUGUGCGAGGUGCGACGAAGUUUUCCUGUUUUGGCGUUUUUUUUUUGUGUGCUGUUAGUUGCUCCAUUUGGGUUUUGCGAUCUGCGGUGCAGUCAAGGUUGAUUACGUUUUUUGUUGGUGCUGCUGGUGGGACUGACAGAGCACGAAAGCCGAAGGAAGAAACAAGCGAAAAAACGGAAUAUUAAUCCUGUGGCGUAGUUUGCAGUUUCAACUCUCAGCAGGCGGUGGUUCGACGGUGUUUUGGCGCUCUAUCGGCAAGGACUCCCCGAGCAUCACAUCACGCUGGACCGCUCGUAGAAAGUGCCGGGACGUUUGCGUGUGCUCGGCGCAGCGCUACUUCCCUUCCCAACCACCAACCGGCACCGGUAGACCAUGGAUCACGCGGUUCACGCGGCCCGAGGAAGACCAUGGAACAAGCUGCGCUUCGAAAACAACGAGCUAGAAUGUCUGUACCAGCGGUACACGCUAAAGCUGCAACGGUUUUCCGUGACCGGGGUGGUUGCCCUGGUGGUGGUCCUGUGUGGCGUCAUGGCCGGACUCAGCCUUGGCUACAACCAGGCACCGACGUUGCAUAACGUUUUCAACUCAUUCAUGUGCCUGCUGUUUGCGGUUGUUUUGGCACUGCUACAGUUCCGGUUGAUCCGGGACUCACACCUGCCCUAUCUCUGCUAUGGCAUACUGUUCUUCACGGCGGCCUUCUGUUUCAUCUCGAUGCCAACGGUGGGAAUUGUUUUUCCGGUUGACACACGGGAAGUGAUGGCUGAAGGCGUCUGGCAGAUUGUGUUCGUGGUCUUCCUAGCUUAUGCGAUGAUGCCGCUGCAGAUCUGGGAGGCGGUUCUGUUUGGGAUCAUACUGCCGUCGAUUCAUGUCGGACUGACUGGGUACAAUAUAUUCAAUGGGAACUUUCAGUACUUGGCGUAUCAGCAGCUGGCUGCCAACAUCGUCAUCUUCGUCGGGGUCAACGUCGCCGGUCUGGUGGUAAACGUGAUGAUGGAACGUGCCCAGCGGCGUGCCUUCCUCGAUACGCGGAAUUGCAUCGCCGCCCGGCUCGAAAUGGAGGACGAAAACGAAAAGCUAGAACGGCUACUGCUCUCGGUUCUUCCGCAGCACGUCGCCAUGGAAAUGAAGAACGAUAUUCUGUCGCCGGUUGAGGGACAGUUCCACAAGAUCUACAUCCAGAAGCACGAGAAUGUGAGCAUUCUGUUCGCGGAUAUUGUCGGUUUUACGGUCCUAGCUUCGCAGUGCAGUGCCCAGGAACUGGUGCGACUGUUGAAUGAGCUGUUCGGGCGGUUUGAUCAGUUGGCUCACGAUAAUCACUGUUUGCGGAUUAAGAUCCUAGGUGAUUGCUAUUACUGUGUUUCGGGCAUCCCGGAACCGAGAGCAGAUCACGCACGUUGUGCCGUGGAAAUGGGUCUGGAUAUGAUAGACGCUAUUGCUUCGGUUGUAGAACAGACGGACGUCAUUCUGAACAUGCGAGUUGGAAUACACUCCGGUCGGGUUCUAUGCGGAGUUCUUGGACUACGCAAGUGGCAAUUUGACGUAUGGUCCAACGACGUUACGCUGGCCAAUCACAUGGAAAGUGGGGGAGAACCUGGACGGGUGCAUGUGACCCGGGCAACGCUAGAUGCUCUCGGAGGAGAGUACGAAGUAGAAGCCGGUCACGGCGAUACGAGAGAUUCGUAUCUACGCGAUAAUCAAAUCGAUACGUAUUUCAUCGUUCCACCCGCUCACAGGAGAAAGCCGCUGAUGCUCAACACUCUGGGUGUCCGUUCGGCGUUGGGAGCGGCCAAUCGGCGUAAGCUGUCCUUCCGGAACGUAUCGAAUGUGGUGGUUCAACUGCUGCAUACCAUCAAAUACUCGGUACCGGUGCCGUUCUCCCAUAUGGCAACCGGUGGCUCGCCGUAUCCGGGCGGAAAUGGACCGGGUGGAGCUGCUGGUGCCGCUGGCGGAGGAAUGUUUCUCGAUAGAAAUGCUCGCAAGGUACUGCACUUGCAACGUCUGCUGCACGCAAAUCCGUUUCAAGCCACUCUUGCAGCAGCAGCAGCAGCAGAAAACACGGCCCUGAUGGCCUCCGCCUCCGGUAAGCGUUGCGGUGUUGAUUCGACCGGAAUCAGAACUGGCUGCCGCAGUGAUUCCACCCAGCGCGACUCGGAAAACGUCACGUUAAGAAACAAGGUAACGGACAAGUUCAAGCGACCGUUCAAGAAGCGUCACUCCAGCGUGUACCAUCAACCGUCGAAUCGGGUCAACAAGUUCCUGUCCCAGGCGAUCGAGGCCCGCAGUGUAGAUCGGGAAAAGUCCGUUCACGUCAAACGCAUUUCGUUGCAGUUUCGUGAGAAGGAAAAGGAACGACAGUACCAUCAGGACUUUGACCUGGGGUUCACCACCGCCAUGGGCUGCAGUCUGUUGCUGUUGAUUCUCAGUGCUGGUCUACAGAUUUCCGCUUUACCACGUACCUUAAUACUGCUACUGCUGUUUUUAACCGCCUUCGUGUGGAUAAGCUCGAUUCUGAUGCUGUUGCUGGCCGUUCGACUGAAGUGGAUAUUCUGGGAUUUGUCGCAGAGCUUUUCGCUACGAUUGGCUAUUACCGUGUUCACGAUCGUGCUGCUGUACUCAGUCGGGCAAGUCAAUGUGUUCACCUGUCUCUCGGACCACCCGUGCACGACCAAUUUCACCACUAAAGCCGUAGCCGAUCUACCCCUGAUGGCAGGCAGUAGCAACCUUCACCAUCACGAUCCUUCGCAGACAUCUUCUGCCGUGUUGGCCUCGCACGAAACAAACCUACCAUUUUCGGCGGGAGGUGUGCACGGUGCGGCACCGGAAUCAGCUAUGCUAAAUAACUACGCCCACCGGAAGUGCGCUCUGCCACAGUACAUCGCCCUGUCGGCUGCCUUCUCCUUCCUUACCGUGUCCAUUUUUCUUAGGUUACCGAUCAUGGUCAAAACCUUCCUGAUCACGCUGAUGGGCGUCAUGUACUGUCUGUUCAUCGAACUGUCGCACACCAACAUCUUCGACUGUUACGAUCAACGGGUCGAAUCGGCGAUCCCACUGCACACGAUUUCACUGGCGAGGAUCGUCAUUUUCAUGAUCGCGAUAUUGGCCCACGGACGGCAGGUCGAGUGGACAGCUCGGUUGGAUUUUCUCUGGCAACUGCAAGCUUCACAGGAGAAGAAAGAAAUGUCCGUACUGCAGCAGUCGAACCGGCGCAUACUGUACAAUCUACUACCGUCCCAUGUGGCGGCACACUUCCUGGAUAAUCAGUUUAGUCGGAAUAAUAUGGGUACGCUCGGCACCAAUCAGGACCUGUAUCAUCAGAGCUACUGUAAGGUUGGUGUGAUCUUUGCUAGUGUGCCGAACUUUCACGAGUUCUACACGGAAUUGGACGGGUCGAAUCAGGGUGUUGAGUGUUUACGUUUGCUAAACGAGAUCAUCGCGGAUUUCGACGAGUUGUUGUGCGAGGAACGGUUUCAGGCGAUCGAUAAGAUUAAAACGGUUGGCAGUACCUACAUGGCGGCUGUUGGAUUGAUUCCGGAGUUUAAGAUGUUACCGAGUGAUCAGGGAUCCACGCGGAAGCUGAUGACGGCGUUGAUUGACUUUGUGAAGGCUAUGCGGGUGACGCUGAAGAAUAUUAAUGAAAAUUCGUAUAACAAUUUUAUGCUGCGGGUUGGAGUUAAUGUGGGACCGGUGGUGGCCGGAGUGAUUGGAGCUCGGAAGCCACAGUAUGAUAUUUGGGGGAACACAGUGAAUGUGGCAAGUAGAAUGGAUUCGACGGGUAUUCCGGGGUACACGCAGGUGACUCAGGAAGUGAUCGAUAGUUUGCAGGGCAGUCAUUUCGAGUUUCGAUGCCGGGGGCAAAUUAAAGUGAAGGGUAAGGGAGAUAUGGUGACGUACUUUUUGUGUGAGCAGAGUGACAACAUAUUGAACGGAGGUGGGGGAGCUGGUGGUGGCAACGGGACGACAAACCGGGAACGACAGACACCGGUUCCGAAUAUAAUUUCCAAUUAUCAAACCGACAACUUUCACCAUCUGAAUAUUAAUCAUGCGAGCGCCAGUCAGCAGGGGUGUUUUCAGACGCAGGCUCCCGUUCUUCAGCCGCAGAGUUACUACAUGAAGCGGUCCGAUAUGGACAGUGGAAGUGUGAAGAACACAAAAUGGCAGAGUGGGAACGAUAGUAGUUACUCGAACAAAGAGAGUUACAACUUUCUGGAAAGUCCCAAUUUGCUGCAUCAGCAGUCAUCGGUAGGGCAGCACCAUUAUCAGCAGCAGCAACAACAGCAGUCCCAUAUGAAGGCUGCCUACAAGCAUAACAAUAUGAACAAUAACAACUUUGUAAGUGCUGGUUACCAUGGGAAUCACAACAAUCAGUCGAAUAACAACAACAAUUAUAACAAACGAAACGAGUAUUUCCAUGGGAACAACCAAGCCGGUCAGCACCAGCCAAACUAUAACAUACGCGAAAAUUUCAACAUAAUCGAAAAUCCCAACGUGAAAGAGGCGGAUGAAAACAAUUUGAACAAAAUGAACCAUCACAACGGGCACAAGGUACGAAACAACAAAAAUCACCACCACCAUCAUCAUCACCAUCGACACGAGGCUCCGCCUGCCGGUAGCACUAACCACAUAUCCGGCAAUCGAAGCGGCGUGUAUGUGACGGCAUCGGAGAACGAACCGCUUCUCGGAUCCGGAAUGGUUGGAAAUGCUAUAAUAAAACCAAUCCAGCAGAUCCAACAAAUUCCCAAAUAUGAACCACCACGUUACGCAACCGGUAACGCUGCCUUUCCGCAUCAUCAGCUCAGUAACAAUACCAACUACAACUUCCCGGUGGCACCAAGCUAUCAGCAAUCUCAGCAACCUGCACAUUUGCAAAUAACCGCCCGCCAGCACCAGCUAUAUCAACAGCAGCAGCAGCAAUUGCUGAAACAGUACCUUAAACCCCUGCCGAAGCUACCCCACGAAUUCGACGAAUCUCGCGAAAUGUCCUCCACGGAUGACCUCAGCUCCCGGCCUCGCUCUCCCUCGGUAAGUUCCUCCGACGAAAGCUACUCGAAAACCACCGAAGGCGAAGACCUCGAUGGCCAUUCACCGCUUCCGCCGCAUCAUCCCACCUACAUGAAUAACUUCAACAAUCCCCUCCAGUAUCUGUACCCCGGAGACAUCCAGGUGGACCCUAGCUCCCCACCCAAAAUGAGCCCAAUCGAUCUCGCCAACAUGAAGGACUUCGAAGUAACUACGACAGCGGAGACCAAGUCUUCCGUGCCGAACAAGGGCGAAUCGUGCAACAGUUUCGAGUACCAUGACAAAGUCGGUGGUCCUCCGCCACCGCUCUAUCCAAAAUCACCCUUCGAACGGGAGCUGCAGCGACGGCUAGCGGAGUCCCAAUCGAGACCGAUGCUAGCCGGCAAUAAUAAUUUAGACCAUCAGCAGCAACAGCAACAGGACAUGCAGCACCAUCCUCCCGUGCGGAGAGAAUCGUCUGAGAAAGUAAAAAAUGCCAACAAUUUAAUGCUAGCCAAACAUCCCGGUACGCUGGAGGCCAUCAAGGAAGCGACCAGGAAUAAGAAUCCGAGCGAGUCGAGUCAUAUGCAAACCUCCGACACCGAAUCCUGCGAAAUCAUCCAUGACUACCGGCAACCGGCGACGGGAGGAUCGAUGGACAGCAACAGUCGGCACCAUCCGCACAGUCAUCACAAUCACCACAAUCAUCACGGCGGCGGUGGCGGUCAUCAUCAGCACCAGCAAUUGACACAGUCACCUCGGCUGCACAAGCGCCAUAAUCAUCACCAUCACCAGCAGCAGCAGCAACCAAAGUACAACGCGACGAAAAAAUCCUCCAACGAGACAUCGUCCAACAUCGAAGCGGAUGAAGAUCUACGCAUGUCGAAUGAGGCAGUUUACCGUGGUCGGGGACGAGAUUCGGACGAUCUGGUGGAUGACGAUGAACCCGAUGAGGAAGUAGAGGAAGAGUCUGAGGAUGAUGACGAUGACGACGACGACGAGGAAGAGGAGGAUGAAGAUAACGGUCGACAGAGAAGGCUUGGCGCUGGUCUCGCUGCCGAACGAAGAAGAAGCAACUCGGACGCUACACGAAACUACAUUUCGGAUGAGUUGAAGUAUGGUGCCGGGCAUAACCGGGGAGAACGAGAUCGGGAUCUCAGUCAUCACAGUCACAGUCAUCACAACAAUAGCCACAGUUCGCAUCACAAUCACCAGUCCUUGGACUCGAACCAGGUCGAAAGUCAGUCGGAAUGGAGUGAUGACGAGUGCCGGGAGGAAGCGACCGGUGGUGCCGAGAGCACCGGUUACAUCACCGACGAACCCGGCCUGGAGAAUAUAUCCCUGCUGAAUGAAGCCGGUCUGACCGAUGCGGAAGGAGCCCUGUCGGAUGUGAACUCUCUGUACAACGCACCGGACGUUGACGACACUUCGGUUUCGUCCCGUGCCAGCAGCCGGCUGUUGAGUCUGGACUCGCUGAGUGGUCUGUACGACUGUGAUUUAGACUCGAAGCACGAGUUGGCCAUCGUGAACGUGUCGCACAAGAUUAGCAGUAAGUUUGGGCCUGCAUCGGGCUGUAGUAGUACGACGCCCCCGAUGACGGCAACCGUGGUAACACCGGUUACACCGUCGUCAUCAUCGGUAGCAACGGCAGCGACAGUAGUAGCUGGUGGUGUAAUGCCGGUUGCCAACGCUUCUUCCACGGGAUGAUGGGAUUUCGACGGAUGUCAGUAGAGCCUUCAGGUGGGUGGGGAAGGCUGUAAAUAGAUAGGAGGGAAAAAGGGCACUUUCACAGGAAGUCGAGGUAACGAACUCACGCAACCUUAAGGGGUAGAUAGUAUUGCAGAUUAUUGCUGCGAAGAAGACGGUAAUUAUGUAAAAUAGUAACUUAUUAUUAUUAUUGGGAAGCAAAGUGAACAGGCUAUUACAAAGCAGUGGCAUUUCUUUUCUCGCUUGUGCUAUAAUAUAGAACAUGCAUUUGUAUGGUUAUUUUAUGGUUAAAAUCAGGAAACUAAAAA